AUGACAGAUAUAGUAACAUCCUUGAUUGUUGAAGAAAAUCUUGAAACAUUCUCUCUUAUAUGGCUCGAUGCAUCAGUCAACGAUACACAAGAAAAUAUCGAUGCUCAGCAUCAACUUCGAACAUCAAUUAAUUUUUUGAAAAUAUUUGAAGAUGCUGAUAAAUGCGAACAAUAUAUUCGAUCAGUACCUAAAGAUGAUCGUAUUGUAUUUAUAGUUAGUGGUCGAUUUGGUGAAAUUAUAGUACCUCGUAUUCAUUCAUUACGACAAGUAUCUGCUAUUUAUGUUUAUUGUAAAGAUAAGAAAAGAAAUGAAUUAUGGUCCAAUCAAUUUAAAAAAGUCAAAGGUGUAAUCGUUUUAUUAGAUGAGCUCAUAUCUCAAAUUCGAUCAGAUCAAGCAAGACGAAAUCGAAACAGAGUUGAUGAACCUUUACCAAUGAAUUUUAGCAAUACAAAUAAUAAUAAACAUGAACAAUCAACAAGUGAUCUUAGUGAUCAGUUUAUUCAAUCUCAAUUAUUGAUUGAUUGUCUUGUACGAAUGAAACCAACGUCAAAUGAAAAAAAUGACUUUAUUUCUCUUUGUCAACAAUAUUAUAAAGGAAAUACAGCAGAAUUAUCACUUCUUAAUGAAUUCGAAAAAUUUUAUUCAUCUGAACGAGCUUUAUGGUGGUAUACACGAGAAGCAUUUCUCUAUCGACUUGUGAAUAAAGCACUUCGUAUAUUAAAUGUUGAUUUACUUUUCUUGUGUCGUUUUUUUAUUCGUGAUAUUCAAAAACAAUUAGAACAACGACAAUGUUCAUCGUUUGUUCAUCUCUAUCGAUGUCAAUUAAUGUCGAUAGAAGAAAUUCAAUUAUUACAAAAAUCUAUUGGUAAAUAUGUUGCAAUGAAUUCAUAUUUGUCGACAAGUGUUAAUCGUCGUCAAGCUCUUUCAUUUCUCGAUUAUUCAAGUGAUUUUGAACUAGUUCUAUUCGAAAUUGAUGCUGAUCCUCAAUUGAAAGGUAUUAAACCAUUUUCAAAUAUUACAUCGCUUAGUUAUUUUCCUGAAGAAGAAGAAAUUCUAUUUAUGUUGGGAUCAAUUUUUCGAAUUAUUAGUAUUAAUCGUGAUGAAGAUGAAUUAUGGACUAUUCGAAUGGUACUUGUCGGUGAUGAACAUCAGGAGUCAAAUUUGAUUAUUAAUCAAAUGAAAAAUGAAUAUACAGAACAAGAAACAAACAUUAUUACAUAUGGUAAUAUAUUACGUGAUAUGAGCAAGCUCAAUGAAGCCGAAAAAUAUUAUCGUCGUUUUCUCGAUCAAUCUUCAAAGAAUUCUCAAGAUAUUGCUAAUUGUUAUUAUUCAUUAGGUACUGUAGCUUGUGCAAAAGGAAAAUAUGAUGAAAGUCUUCAAUGGCAUCUUGACGCACUCUCAAUCAAAAUGGACAAACUAAGUUCACAUGAUCCAAAUAUAGCAUUGAGUUAUAAUUGUAUUGCAAUUGUUUAUCGAAAAAAAAAUGAUCAUCGACAAGCACUUAAAUCAUAUGAAAAGUCUUUAAAGAUUUGGGAAAAAUCAUUUGGUGAAAAUCAUCCUAAAGUAGCUAUGUGUUUAAAUAACAUAGGGGCAGUUUAUGAAGAUCAGAAAGAUUAUUCAAAGGCACUUGAAUAUUAUGAAAUGGCAUUAGAUAUUGCAAAAAAACAUGUACCUAUUGAUCAUCGUGCUCUAAGUGCGAGCAUUACAAUGAAGCAUUUCGAAUCAAAUCAACAUCCAAGUCUUGCAACAGCACUUCGAAGUAUUGGCAUCGUUUACGAAAAAAAAGGUUUAAUACAAAAGGCACAAAAAUAUUUUAAACAAGCAGCUGAUAUUGAUUCUUUAACAUAA